GGUUGUUUGUUUCUACAAAAACGGAAGGCUCAACUACAACACUCAUCUGUAAAUCUGUAUAUUUAUACCGUCAGUGAUAAGACAUGAGGACAGUGUCAGUGUCCGUGGCAAAGAAAAUAUUCUUCCAGGAAAUCUAGACAAUACAAUAAACUUAUUGUUGAAAAUGAAUCUAUUUGUUUAUGCUUCCACUUUCUUACAGAAUACUAACUAUAAUUAGGACUCUACUGUAAUAAACUAAAGGCGUUGCUGAGUUUAUAGAAGGCCUACUCUCAUUGUGAGACUAUUAACACAGUGAGAAAGUUUUUGACCUAUUCUAUCCUCAUCACAUCAAGGCGAAAGUUUUUAGAUUUUUUCAACUAUUAAAGCUUUUGUUUGUUAGUUGCUUUAUCUAAUUUAUAUUACCUACUUUACAAUGAACGACGAAAAACUUAUACAGCUUGUACGCGUAUAUCCAGCUUUGUAUGACAUAUCCCAUCCCAAGUACAUGGACGCAGACUACAAGAAACAAAUUUGGAAGUUUAUAGGAAAUGAAUUGGAAGCGAAUGGGUCAUUAUGUAGAACCAGAUGGAACAACAUAAGGGACAACUUUAGAAAGUCUCUGAAAAAGAGAUCACUCACAGCUCUACAAAAAGGACAAUGUUUGAAACCUUACAAAUAUAACGAACAAUUGUCCUUUUUGAAUCAAUUUUUUCAAGAAUCAGAAAACUUAUCACAUAUCAGUGAUGAAAAAAUUCAAGACCUGGAGACUGUGGAAGUAGGAGAAGGUGAUGAAAUGGAAAUGAGUAUAUCUAAUCGGAGCAUAAAUGACGUUUUUAAUGAAAAGGUUGACAACAGGCAACCGCCAGCAUCCUCAGACAUCCAUUCUGUUCCUGAAAUACUGCAUUUAUUCGAGCCCAGGACUAGAAUAAGGACAUCUCCAUCGACAGCUUCCACUGUUAUGGACUACCUAGUAAAACAAAGGGAGUGUUCUCAAAAUCCAGUUGAUGCUUUCUUAGCAGGAGUUGCUCCUGUCUUGAAGAAGCUAAGACCACGUGAUUGGCAUUUUGCCAAAGAGGAAAUAUUUGCUAUUGUACAGAAGUAUGAACUUAGAACUAUUGAUGAGGAAUGUAGGGGGGUGGCUUCUCCUGAAACUGAUUCUUCCUCAAAAUAUUCUAAUCAUAUAAUUGAUUAAAUAAUAUUUCCUCCACCUAGGGAGAGUGGGUCACAAUGAUACAAAAAUUUAUGUUUUCAUUUUUCUCUAUUGGAUGUAUGUUGCUAAAAGACAUUUUUAAAAUAUUUUGGAAUAUUACACACAUUUUCCUGGUAUUUCAAAAAGAUUAUUUAAAUGCAAAUAAUGUAGCAACUAUCUUUUUUACCAAAUAAUAAAUUUAGCCGAAUGUGACUAGACCUUUAAAUAUACAAAAAAAACGUCUUAUUGCCAACA